CUGUCACUUGGGUGCUAGGAAUCCAACCCAGGUCUUCUGCAAGAGCAGCCAGUGCUCUUACCUGCUUGGGGGGGGCUCCUCUCUAGCCCCUGUAUAACUGUUUUUAACUUCCUGCCUCUGUCCAUCUCCCCUUGUCUGGGCUUCAGACCUCAGCCCUACCCCUGAUUCCAGACUGCUCACCAAACAGAGACACAGAGGUGAGGGGUCCAUCCCAGGGUGGACAAUACCAAAUGACCCAGCAGGGCUCCACUCAGGGUGGGGCACAGCAUCCUGUCCCAUCCUGACUCUUGGGCUGGCCACGACUUUCUACCCCGCAGAUAGAGAGUUUACUUGGGGAAGUUAUCUGAUCGAAUUUAGUACUAAGAUGUAAUUGAUUGCUGUAAUAAAGCCCAUUUCCCUUUCCAGGCUUGGGGGGAGGGGGUUGGUCAGGUGCUGACAGUGAGUGAGCCAGUAGUGACCCACUGACAGGCAUGGCAUCCGGGGCUAUCCUCCAGGACUGUCAGGGAGGCACCUCUGAAACCAGGAGUGGGGGUAGGUCAUAAAGCUUGGUUCUUAAACCGUUCCUGGGGACAGGCUCAAAGACCCAUGGAAUGAUGGGGGAAUGAAGAUUCGAAGCACACAGAGUUGAGCCUUAGCAUAGCAAGGCUGCCACUGCCCUGCACCAUGGGGCAGGACCAUGGUCAGCCUCGUUGCUGUGCCAGGAGUCUAUGCAGUCAGUCCAGGGACUACCCUGCCUGGAGGCUGGGGCAGGUUCAGCAUGUGAGCAGGGCCCUGUCAGCCAGCUACAUACCCAGCCAGCAUGAGGCUAAGGACAGUCGUGGCAGCAGAGCCUGCUUGAUUACUUGUGAGCACUGGCCACCAGGCCACACGUGCCUGGAAGCCUGUCUGGCAGGCCUGGGGCUGUUUAAUAUUUACUGAGCCCUCAUGGGGCUGGUGACACAUCCACCCCCAGAACUACUCCCAGCCCGUGACACCAGCCGGCCAUGCAGCAGGCGCCUCAUUUCACCAUCCGGGCUGCGCCGUGCCAGCCCUCGGAGCCGCUGACCUCAGAGGCUCAGCGACACAGCUGGGCUCAGAGCCUCCGGAGCCCAGGGAGAGGCAGAGGGAGAGGGAAGGGGUGAGCUAGGGGGGCACGGUGAGCCCCUGAAGUGAGCUGCAGCUCUACCCAGAGCUACCUCCCACCUCACUGUUCUGGCUGCCUGGAAUCUCACCUGUCAGAACCUACCUGGUCCCUUGUGUGCAGUGUUGUCUGUCCGUGCCUGAGAUGGCUACUUUGUGGAGGGCCCGGUCCAAGAGAAAGUCCAUCAACAGGAACUCUGUGCGGUCCCGGCUGCCAGCCAAGUCCUCCAAGGCCUACAGAACACUGCGCAAGGGUUCGCUAUGCCUGGAUCCCCGGCCGCAACAAGUGAAGAAAAUCUUUGACGCUUUGAAGAGAGGCCUCAGGGAACAUCUGUGUGAGCAGCAGGCUGAACUGGACUACCUGUGUGGACGCCACACGGACACCCAGAGGGGCUCCAGGCUGGCCUUCUACUAUGACCUGGACAAGCAACUGCGCCUGGUGGAGAGACACAUCCGGAAGGUGGAGUUCCACAUCAGCAAGGUGGACGAACUCUAUGAAGCUUACUGCAUCCAGUGGCGUCUGCGAGACGGAGCCUCCAACAUGCAGCGCGCCUUCAGCAACAGCACGCAGAGCAGAGCCUCCCGGGAGAGCCUGCAGGAGCUGGGCCGAAGCUUACAGGAGUGCCUGGAGGACAUGUGUCUCAUAGAGGGGACCUUGGAAGGUCACCUGGGCGAGUUCCAAGUCAAGAUGAAAGGCCUGGUGGGCUAUGCACGCCUCUGUCCCGGAGACCAGUAUGAGGUGCUCAUGCGCCUGGGCCGUCAGCGAUGGCGACUGAAGGGCCGGAUAGAGCCAGAUGACAGCCAGACCUGGGACGAAGAGGAGAGGGUGUUUGUGCCCACGGUGCACGAGAACCUGGAGAUCAAGGUGACCGAGCUUCGGGGCCUGAGCUCGAUGGUGGUGGGUGCGGUGACAUGUGACGUCGCAGACUUCUUCAUGGCCCGGCCCCAGCUUGUGGUGGUGGACAUCACCGAGUUGGGCACCAUCAAACUGCAGCUGGAGCUGCUGUGGAACCCCUUGGACUCUGAGUGCCGCCUGGUGUCGCCCAGUCCCACUGGCAGGUUCUCCAUGGGCAGCAGGAAGGGUUCCCUAUAUACCUGGACGCCGCCCAGCACCCCCAGCUUCCGGGACAAAUACUACUUGUCUCUUCUCCAGCAGCCAGUGCAGCAGUCCUUGCUGCUGGGUGGGCCAAAGGCCACCUCCAUCCUUGGCUACCUAUCUGACAGUGAACUUCAGGGUCCCCGCCUGCGGAGCCGGAGCCAGGAGCUACUAGAGAUGGAUUCCUUCAGCUCUGAGGACCCCAGAGACACUGAGACCAGUACUUCGGCAUCCACUUCAGAUGUGGGCUUCCUGCCCGUGCCUGUGGGUUCCGCAGCCUGCACAGAAGAGGAGACCAGGGAGGGGCCUCCACCUCUGGGCCUGCUGCCAGGCCUGGCUCACCCAGCCAGGGGUGUGCUUGUAGAACGGCCCGGCUGGAGGGACUUGGGAGGAGAGAGGCUGGCCCUGCUGCAGGACGCCCCCAUCCACAGCCCCAUGGUGCCACGGAGCCGGAAGGGCCAGGAGGAUGGAGAUGUGGGGGACGGAGUGGAGGGGCCUGUGCAGGAGGUCCUGGACCUGCUGCGGUCUGCAGACCCUGCGCAGCCCCAGCUCAGGGAGCUGGAGUACCAAGUCCUUGGCCUCAGGGAGCGGUUGAAGCCCCGAGGGGUACAGCCGGAACCCGUGUCGGCGCAGAGCCUGAUGGACUGUAUCCUUGAGAGCUUUGCCUUUCUGAAUGCCGACCUUGCCAGUGAUGAACUGUCCCUGUUUGGGGGCUCCCAGGCUCCUGAGAGGGACAGCCCCCCGCCUCCACGGCCAUCACUGAAGGUGUCACCCAGCGAGCUCACAGCUGGUGCCCCCGAGCUGGACACGCUGCUCACUGUCCACCUUCAAGUCUGCAAAGCCUUGCUUCAGAAACUGGCUUCCCCGAAUUUGUCAAGGAUGGUGGAGGACUGCCUCCUAGAGGAAGCAGUGCAGCAAAGGCAGGUUCUGGAAGUGCUUUCAGACCUUGACCUUGAGCAGGUCAGCAAGGCCAGGUCGGUUGAAGAGAUCAUCCCACAGGCUUCUCACAGGAAGGGUGGCCUGGCACUGUGGCAGGGGUGCACGCAGCCUGGUGGUGUCCUGGCCUGCCCUGCCUCCACACUCCUGAGCCAGCUCAAGAAGACAUUCCUGCAUCGCGUCCGAGGGAAGUACCCUGGCCAGCUGGAAAUAGUGUGUCGCAGGCUCCUGGAGCAAGUGGUGGGCUGUGGUGGGCUGUUGGUCCCGGCAGGGCUUCAGGAAGAGCAGGUGGUCACCUGGUUCCAGUUCCACAGCUACCUGCAGCGGCAGAGCAUCUCCGACUUGGAGAAACAUCUCGCUCAGCUCACCAAGGAAGUGACUCUCAUUGAGGAGUUGAGCUGUGCAGGCCCAGCCAAGGCCCUGAGAAAGCUGCAUGGGAAGUGUCUAAGCCAGCUGCAGCCACUGCCCCAGACACUUCAAGCCUGGGCACUUCUGCAGCUAGAUGGACCCCCGAGGCUGUGCAGGGCGGCCAGAACGCGCCUAGCCAGCGCGGCCAGGAACAAGCGCUUCCGGGAAAAGGCUCUGCUGUACUACACUAAUGCCUUAAAUGACAGUGACGCCAAGGUCCAGCAGGCGGCGUGCGUGGCUCUGCAGCAGCUUGGGGGUAUUGAAAGCUGUGAGCAGAUUGUCAGUCUGUGUCAGUCUGACCUGGAGGCCGUGCGAGUUGCAGCGCGGGAAGCGACACUGUCAUUUGGUGAGAAAGGCCGCCUGGCUUUCGAGAAGAUGGACAAACUCCACUCGGAACAAGAGGCCUUCUGUCAGGAAGCGGACGUUGAAAUCACAAUUUUUUAAGAUGCCGUGAUCAACGAGCUCAAAUCGGGCGUCUCUCUUCCUUGAGGCUGCUUAGCCUCCACAGUGCCCAGGAUUUGGAUGGAGCAGUCUAGCCACUCCCUUGCAAGCCUGGGCCGGUCAGGAUAGUUACCUGAGCUUGGGGUUGGUGCCCAGCCCAGGGAGGAGAGUGGUGUCUUCACAGAGCAGGUGGAAGUGGUGUGUGGGGGCCCCCCGAGGCUGUGGCCUCCUACAGACGCCGCUUCUGCUUUCCUGGGGUUCAGUGCCAGGGCAGCCUACACUGCCUGAGGAUCAAGGGGCCGGGGCAAGGUGAGGCUCCAGGACAGACACGCACGGAGUCCGAGCUCCCUGCACACCCGCAGCUGGGACAGAACUGGUCUGAUAAGGCAUGGCAGGCCCACCUCCAGUGCAUGGCACCCUCCGGCCAUUGGAGGGAUACUCCAGCGUGAGUGGAGGCGAGGUUUUCCCUGCGGCGGCUAUGGAGACGCACGAUGGGUUUCCUACCUAAGUGGAUAGAGCACUCCAAGCUCGGGGCUCUCAGGGCUGACUCGGUCACCCCACUCGGAGUCCCGUGGACCAUGCGUGCUCACUUGGUAUUUAUUUGUUUCCUUCAUGUCCAUUUCCUGAAAUCUCAAUUAAAAGCCCUGUAGCGUAUGGCCACCUUA